UCAUCAUGAGAUGCGAUUGGAUAUAUGCAACUUAAAUAACAUUGGGUAUACGAAACGAAGAGCAUUUACAUUCAUACAGAGAGGGAAGCAGCGAAACCAAGACAAGAGUGGCAUCCUUGUUGUUCGCUUCAAAUUCAAUGUUCUACAGAGGUAAAUUUGCCGAUGGUGGUGAUGGGCGUGAAAUGGCUGCAAAACGCCAGCGCACUGUUGAUCCAGGAUCUUCAUUCUAUGGUGCUUCCACCGGUUCCAAUUUUAUGUACAAUCCAUCUCCUUACGGAUAUGUCAGCCAACCUCCUCCUCCUCCACCUUUUCCUGUUGUUCGACUGCGUGGCCUUCCUUUUGAUUGUACUGAAACUGAUGUGGCCGAGUUCUUCCAUGGGCUAGACAUAGUCGAUGUCCUUUUUGUUCACAAAGGUGGCAAGUUCACUGGGGAAGGCUUCUGUGUUCUGGGGUAUCCUCUUCAAGUUGACUUUGCUCUUCAAAGAAACAGGCAGAACAUGGGUAGAAGAUAUGUUGAAGUUUUCAGAAGUAAGAGGCAGGAAUACUACAAGGCAAUUGCAAAUGAGGUUUCAGAUGCUCGAGGUGGUUCACCUCGUCGAAGUUCUUCCCGGGCUAAAUCAUAUGAUGAAGGAAAAGAUUCAGCUGAGCACACCGGGGUGUUGCGACUAAGGGGAUUGCCAUUUUCUGCAAGUAAGGAUGACAUAAUGGAAUUCUUCAAGGAUUUUGGGCUGCCAGAGGAUUCUAUUCAUAUUAUAAUGAAUUCAGAGGGAAGACCUUCUGGGGAGGCUUAUGCAGAAUUCGAAAGUGCUGAAGAUUCAAAAGCAGCAAUGAUAAAGGAUAGGAUGACACUUGGCAGUCGCUACAUAGAGUUAUUUCCUUCAUCACACGGUGAGAUGGAAGAAGCAAUUUCAAGAGGACGAUGAUUCCUUGGUGGGAUCUCUGAUUUUCUCUUCUGUAGGUAUACUUGUUAGCUUGAUCUUAUAAUUAAAGAUUUUGGUCAAGGAUAUAUUUUGUUGCUGUAUUUGUUUUAGGAUCGAUAUAUUUUUUUUUAAUAUGCAGAUGAGAAAUAUGAGCAGCUGCUAAGAUUGAAUUAUGUGGAUUUAUUUAUUUUUGGUCGUCCAGCAUCAUUUUUUC